AGCUGGUGGGGGCGGGGCGGGAAGGAUGACGGGAGGGCGUGCGUGGUCAUCGUCGUCAUUGUCACCGCUCGCACGUCACUCACACACAAGGGAGGGAUGGAGGGAGGAGGAGGAAUUCUCGCCGCCAUGAAGGUGACCCCGAAGUAUAAGGUGGAGGAAAUAGCACAGGAGUUUCAUCGUGUUAGAGGCCAAUGUUACCUGGACCAUGCUGGGGCCGCCCUGUACAGCGAGGAGCAGGUGCGCCAGGCCCUUGGAGAGCUGGCGGGGACACUGCUGGGGAACCCUCACUCACGCCACACGCCCAGCGACACGGCCACACAGACCCUAGAGGCGGCCCGGCACAGGGUCCUGGAGCACUUCAACACCAACGCCGAAGACUACGACCUAAUCUUCACCUCCGGGGCCACGGCAGCGCUGAGACUCGUGGCCGAGCACUUUGACUGGAAAGCUGAACUCGCGCCACCACCAGACCUGGCACACAGUACUUCAGAAGACACCCCAGAGCACAGCAAUGAGACUCAGCACAGCACACAACAUCAGGAGGAGGGGGAGUCUUCAGCCGGAGCUUUUGUGUAUCUACAGGAGAACCACACGUCUGUCCUGGGCAUGAGGGGUCCCGCCCAUCAAGCUGGCUGUGACGUCUUCUGCCUCACAGCCACAGAGGCGAGGGACUGGCUAGGAGGGACGCCAGGCAGCCCUAAUGCCAGUGCUGCAGGAAAGGCUGGUAAUCUGUCUAUCCCGGGCUGUGGAAAUGCAUUGCUUAGCUGUGUGGAGUCUGCAGUGAAAGUCAACGAUCUGUCUGUUCCCCAAAAGUCUGUAGCAAAAGCCAGCCAUAUGUCUAGUCCUGGAGACUUAUCAACUACCCCUCCAGAGUCUAUAGCAAAAGCCAAGCAUCUGCCCUGCCCAAAAGACCUAUCAGCUGUCUCAAAGCCCAACCACUUGUUUAUCUCCGAAGACCCAACUGUCCCUUUAGAGUCUAUAGCAAAUUCCAGUCACCUCUCUAUCCCUGAAGACCUGCCAACUGUCCGUCCAGAGGUUCUGUCAAACUCCAACUGCCUGUCUAGCUCAGAGGACCCAUCAAGUGUCUGUCCAGCAAGUCCAAGAGGCAAGGUUAAGAGGAGGAACUGUCUCUUUGCCUACAGUGGUCAGUGUAACUUCUCUGGCAGCAAGGCGCCCCUGGAGUGGAUCAGGCAGGUGCAGGAAGGAGCGCUGGAUGGCCUGCUCGCAACGAAACCCAUCAAUAAGGAGAACACACAGAGGAGGGAUGACUCAGGCAGCUCUGAGGCGACCAAGUGGUAUGUGGUUCUGGAUGCAGCGAGUCUUGUGGCCACUUGCCCUCUCGACUUGGCCCGCUGGAAGCCUGACUUUGUCCCAGUGUCCUUCUACAAGAUGUUUGGCUACCCCACUGGCCUAGGUUGUCUGUUGGUGCGGCGGCGUGCGUGGGACAUGCUGGGGCGGACGUACCAGGGCGGCGGCACUGUGCUCGUGGCCGACUCCAGGACGAUGGUGACGGUGCCGAGGCCGACGCUGCAUGACAGGUUUGAGGACGGAACGCUGCCCUUCCUGAGCAUCCCUGCCAUAAGACAAGGCCUGGACACCUUGCACAGGCUGACAGGUGGCAUGCAGAACAUCGCAUCGCACGUGUUCCACCUGGCUCGCUACACCCACCACACCUUGGCCAGCAUGAGGCACUCCAAUGGCACUCCCGUCGCUGUCAUCUACCAGAGCUGCGGCGACACCUGGCAGCCCGACACUCAUGGCUCUAUCGUCAAUUUCAACCUCCUGAACCCUGACGGAACCUUUGUUGGGUAUGCUCAGGUGGAGCGUGUGGCCUCCCUCUACAACAUCCACCUCCGCACCGGCUGCCUCUGUAACCCCGGGGCGUGCCAGGCUCUCAUCGGCAUCACCUCGGAAAAGCUCUUGGCACAGUUCAAGGCAGGUCACGUGUGUGGGGAUGCAGUUGACCUGGUGGAUGGGGAGCCAACCGGGUCAGUUCGGGUCAGCUUCGGAUACUCCAGCACCUACCAGGACACCGACCACCUCUUGACCAUGAUCCGGGAGUGCUUCGUGCAGCAGCCAAUGACCCUUGACCUGACCUGGCUGGCCGAGGAUGACCUGGUGCAGCUGAAGGAGGGAGCGAGAGAGGAGGGAGAGAAGGGAAGGAUAGGAGAGGAGGAAAGGGUGGAGAGAAGGUUAGGAGAGGAAGGAAGGAUGGAGAGGAGGGAAAGGGAGAUGGGAGAAACAGAGAGGAAGAUUAAGAUGAUGGUUGAGGAGGGAAAGAGGAGAGAGGACAUAACCAACAACAACAACAACAACAACAUCACAUACAGCAAUACAGCCUCUCCCUCCCUCUCCAACACCUCCCCCUCCUCCUCCUCCUCCACUCUCUCCCCCCUCCCCAUCACCCCCCCACAGCCCACCAGCACCCACACACUCACAGACAUAGUGGUGUUCCCCGUGAAGUCCUGUGGCGGGGUGCGGGUGAGUGCGUGGGGACUCGGCGGGGCGGGGCUGGCUCUGGACCGGCGGUGGAUGGUGGUUACCGGGGCGGGGGCGACGCUCACCCAGAAGAGGCUGCCCCGCAUGGCUCUCAUCCUGCCCCGACUUGACCUGCAGCGCGGAGAAAUGGUUCUGGCGUGUGAGGGGGAGUCCGAGGAGCUCCACAUCCCCCUGGACCCCCCUGAGACACAAGACAGCUCUGGGGCGGCGCUGUGUGGGGGGCGGGUGUGUGGGGUGAGGGUGCGGGGCCUGGACUGUGGGGAGGCUGCGUCGGCGUGGCUCUCUAGGGUGCUGGGAACGCCUGACCUGCGGCUUAUGAGGCAGACCAGCCACCGAGCCAGCAAGAUGCCCGUGGGACCCUCAGGGCCAGCCGGGGAGAGCCUGUCACUGGCCAACGAGUCACAGUACCUCAUCAUCCAUCGGCCCAGCGUGCGCAGCCUGCUCGAGGAGAUCAACCACCGCGGCCUGGAGCAGCUAACGGAGGAUGAGCUGGUGUCACGCUUCCGAGGCAACCUGGUGGUGGACGGAGGGCAGCCGUUUGAGGAGGACUCCUGGGCCACAAUGACCAUCGCCGGCACCACUUUCCAGGUGCAGGGUGGGUGCCGCCGGUGCCAGAUGGUGUGUGUGGUGCCGGGGUCUGGCCAGCGCACCCGAGAGCCCAUGCUGAGUCUGGCCUCGGCACGGGGCUCCUCCAUGCUGUUUGGGGUGCACGCCUCGGCCCCUGACGCUGCUGAGGAGAGGGUGGUGAAUGUGGGGGCAGCCAUAGAGGUGACCAUGAAGUGAUGAUGGAUGGAGAGUCGGGUGUGUGAGGGGGCAAGACACUAGCUUGAAGUAUUGACAGACAAAGGUGGCGUGUGGUGACGAUAGGUGUUGUGCUGCCCCUGUGAAGUGGUCCAUGGCCCUGGGAGGGGAUGGAGUGUGGUGUGAUAGUGCCUUAGCUGGUGCCUUGGUUGACAAAGUUUGUGUCAGAUUGACACCUUUGUUGAAGUUUGACAAAGUUUACAUGUUAACAGACAAGUUACCAAGGUUUACAUACAAAUGAUUCUCUAUUUAAUGAAGACUAUGUUGAUCAUGGUUAUCACAUAAUGGUAUUCAUCAUGAUUUGUAAAGUUUAUAUGUUUUUAGUUUUAUGAGGGCUAAUGAGCCACAUUGCCCGGUGCAAGAGACAGGAGGAGGAGGAGGAUAUAAAAACCAGAGCAAUUUAUACAAUAUUCAUUGUGACAAAUUUACAUUACAUCUGUUUAUUUACAUGUUAUUGACAAUAUAACAAUUUAUAUUACACUGACAUGUAGUUCCAUUUUAAUAAUAAUACUCUUUCAGUU